AUGACAGAAAUUACAUCGAAAAUAAAAAUCCUUAUCGUUGUUCCUAUUUUACUCUUGGCUCUUGCUACUUUUCGUGAUUAUGAAGAAGAACUUAUGAUAAAUCAGCUGGAAGAGGGGAAAUAUCAGCCACAGGAGACGGGGAUCGAGAAAGAAAUUCUAGAGCAAGAAUGCAGUGAGAGAAAAGUACGACUGGGGAAGAAAGGAGAAUUCGAAAUCGUCCCACUUUUGUCCUACCCCGGAAGCGGCAAUACCUGGACGCGUAUUUUACUCGAAGACGCGACAGGAAUCUACACAGGAAGCAUCUACUCCGAUGGUUCCCUCGCAAGAGGAGGAUUCAAGGGCGAAGGGACGAAUCCUCUCAGUGGAAUGACGAUGAUUGUCAAAUCUCAUUUUCCGUCAAAUGAAGAAGUGAUGGACAGAGCUAAAGCGCUUAUUUUUGUCGUCAGAAAUCCAUAUGACGCGAUAAUCGCGGAAUUCAAAAGAAGAAGAGGGCAUGGGCAUACAAGUGUCGUCGAAGAAGAUAUCUUCAAAUCCAAGCCUUGGUUCGAGAAUGCGCCAAGAUGGCUUCAAGGCUGGGGCAACUUGGCGCGAAAUGUGACUGAAAUCGCCCGCUCUAGAAAUCUUCCUCUGCACGUUUACAGCUUUGAGCGACUCAAGGAAAACGCCACUUAUGAGAUGGAAAAAGUUCUGAAUUUCUUAGAUGACGGAAUAGGCUGGACUCCUGACGACAGAGAGAUGAGAAUUAAAUGUCUCAGCGAACUUCAAAAAGCAGCAGUUUCUUUCAAGCGAGAAAAAGUCCCGCCGUCAUUUGAAUACUACACGAAAGAAAUGAUCGAAAUCGGGGAUAAGACGAUACGAGAUGUUCAUGAAGUUCUAUUAGAAGCAGGAUUCGACGUUUUUGAUAUUGAAGAAUAUUUCCGAAGCUGA